AUGUCAUCAUUAUCAUUAUUUGUUAUAUUAACAAUUCAUUCAGUUUAUUUAUAUAAUCCAACAAAAUCAAUUGGAAAUCUUCCUUUAAAAGUUGAAUCAAUAAAACCAUUAGAUCGAACACAUGUAUUAGCAUCAUUAUCACCAGUCGAUAGGGAUUUAUAUAUAAAUUAUCCUAAAGGUGUUCAUAUCGAUCAUUAUCGUGUAACAGCAGCUUCGGAAUGGAUAUUAGAAAAAAGAUGUUCAAAAAGUGAAUGUUCGAAAACUAAAGAUAUUGGAAUUCGUGAUGUUCGAUGUGAUUCUCAACAUAUUUGUUUAUCAAUAAUGUGA